UCUCCAGGAAACCAAGGCUGCAAUGGUGGUCUGAUGGACAACGGCUUCAAGUACAUCGCUGAUAACAAAGGAAUUGACACGGAGAAGAGCUACCCAUACAAACCUGAGGUCAGUUGGUGUCAUACAUAGGCCUGGUCAGUUAGUGUCAUACAUAGGCCUGGUCAGUUAGUGGCAUACAUAGGUCUGGUCAGUUGGUGGCAUAGAUAGGUCUGGUCAGUUGGUGUCAUACAUAGGCCUGGUCAUUUGGUGGCAUACACAGGUCUGGUCAGUUGGUGGCGUAAAUAUGUCUGGUCUAUAUGUGAAGUACAAACCUUUGGUCAGUUGGGGCCCUACAUUUUCUGGUCAGUUGGUGUCAUACAGACAUAUAUGUCUGGUCAGUUGGUGUCAUACAGACAUAUAUGUCUGGUCAGUUUGUGUCAUACAAACGUGUGGUCAGUCAUGGUCAUUUACUGUCGCUCAACUAACAUGACUUAAACCAAACCUGACAUAAUUCUGGCCAUGUUAACAGUUUCAUUCGUUCCUAUCUACACGUUUCAUAACAUUUCAGGACAGAAAAUGCAGCUUCAAGAAAGCUGACGUUGGGGCCACAGACAAGUCGUAUACAGACAUAACAAGUGGAAGCGAAGACGCUCUCCAGCAAGCAGUGGCCACGGUAUGUGUCUGAUCCUCCGUUGUCCGUUGUCCGCUUGUUCACGGUAUUCACAUUGUUUUGAUAUAACAGCAAGCUUGAGCAAAUGUGUAAGACUUCCAUGGGCGUGUCUGAGAUUAUGAAUCGCCAUGUCGUCUCCUCAGAUUGGACCAAUCAGUGUCGCCAUUGACGCUAGCCACUCCUCCUUCCAGCUGUACUCCGGGGGCGUCUACAACGAGAGGGCGUGCAGCCCCAAACAACUUGAUCAUGGUGUCCUGGUCGUGGGUUAUGACAGCCAAAAUGGCGACGACUACUGGAUCGUCAAGAACAGGUAA